CUUGGAAACUACACCCGAAAUGAGAUCGAGGAUAUACUGGAUGCAACCCACUGUUGCUGGCGAGCUGCACUGAAAAAGGCAAGGUCAACUUUGCUUGUGGUGAGGUCCUUCAGAUGGUGCGGCAAUCUCAGCGCUUCGCGGCACGCAUGAAGGAAAUGCUGAAUGAAUGGCAAUGGUUGAAGAAAAUACCAGUGUUAUGUCAAAGCGUGCAUUGCUGGAGACGCUGUUCCUGGAGAUAUCACUCCCGAACAUGUCGACCACCGUUUCUUCCACGAGGAAAACCAAGUUGGGUAUUGUAUUUGCGGCGCUGUCCGGAAGGCAGCUACAAAAGAACUGGCUCAACUGGGAACAUAUUGUUCUCUAUUGACGAUAGCAUCGAAGCAAUGAGUGUACUCAUCAGCAAUCCGUCGGUGGUCGGUUAUUUUCUCGAGAACGCCAUUAUCCGGUCUAUCGUCGCCACUAGUAUUCCUUGCAUGGAUAUAAUUGGACCUAUUCCACAGUUUGUUUUCGAAGGGUUUCCGACUUAUGAUCUCGCGCACGAUAGAGCUUUAUAUGUGCCCAAGGCCUUCAACCUCCCCGCCAUUGAUGCUGUUAUUCUGCGACUUAGCCCAGCAGACAAGAAAGCUGAGCUCAUACCAAUUUAAGUCACUAUUCAGAAGUCCUAUAGAAAUUCGGAAGAACAGUUUUUCAAAGAUUGGGCUUUCUGGUGUCGGCAUCUCAGUCGUUACGAGAUCAGUGUCACCUUCCUCUGGAUUACCUCUGACGGAGUUU